AUGGCGUUUCAGCUGGCCAAGCGUGACUUGCGCAAGCGGAUGCGUGGGGUCUUCGAGGGCCUUUCGUCAGCUGCAAUCGUUCAGCAAUCUGUCGUCGCCACGAACAAGUUCCUGUCGCUGGCCGAAUACCAGAACGCGAAGAGCAUCGCCGUCUACUUGUCGAUGCCGACGGGCGAGCUGUCUACGCGGAGUAUCGUCCAGGAUGCUUUGCAAAGCGGGAAAUGCGUAUACAUUCCGUACAUUCACAAGCCUGACAAGGUCUCAGUGAUGGACAUGCUCGCUCUCGAAUCGAUGGCCGAGUUCGAGUCGCUACAGCCGGAUAAAUGGGGGAUUCCGUCUCUUCAACCUACACAGAUUCCUGGUCGUCGAAACUGCUUCGAGGCCAGUGGAUUGGAUCUCAUCGUCAUGCCGGGUAUGGCGUUUGACGAGGGAUUUCGCAGGUUGGGCCAUGGUAAAGGGUAUUACGAUCAUUUUCUGACACGAUAUGGUAAAUGGAGUGAGAAAAUGCCAUUUCUCGUCGCCCUAUCCCUCCAUGAACAGUUGCUUGCCGAGGAGAUCCCCGUGGUGGAGCAUGACUGGGUGAUUGAUGCGAUCGUAGUAGGUGACGGAAGGUAUUUGGUUCGCCGGACGUAA